CCUCUCCUCCUUCCCGGGCACCCGGCCCAGGCCCCGCCAGGAGCAGCGGAGUCCGGCUGCUUAACCCUGGCCGCGCGUCUCGGCUGCUUCCCGGACUCAGCCGCCAGGCGCACGCCGUCCCCGCCCCGCCGCGCGUGUCCUCGGUGCGCCCCGGGCCCCCUGCACCCCCUCCAGGAUGCUCUCCAGCCUGAAUGACUGGCUCUGGCAGGAACACAUCUGGCUGCCCCCCAACAACUCCUGGGCGCAGCUGGAGGACCGCGAUGGCCUGGUUUUCGCUCACCCCCGGGACCUGCUGGCCUCACUGCCUGUGGCGCUGGCCCUGGUGGCCGUGCGUGUCAUCUUCGAGAGGUUCGUGGGCCUGCCCCUGAGCAGGUGGCUGGGCGUGCGCGACCGCGGCAGGAGGCAGGUGAAGCCCCACGCCACGCUGGAGAGACACUUCCUGGCUGCGGGGCCGAGACCCGAGGAGCCCCAGCUGGCUCUGCUGGCCGCCCAGUGCGGCCUCACCCUGCGGCAGACUCAGCGCUGGUUCCGGAUCCGUCGGAACCAGGAUCGGCCUUGUCUGACCAAGAAGUUCUGCGAGGCCAGCUGGAGGUUCUUCUUCUAUCUGUGCUCUUUCGUUGGGGGCACGUGGGUGCUGUACCAUGAGUCGUGGCUGUGGGCACCGGUGAUGUGCUGGGAUAAUUAUCCAGAACAGGCCCUGAAGCCGGGCCUGUACUGGUGGUACCUGCUGGAGCUGAGCUUCUACAUCUCGCUGGUGAUGACACUGCCCUUUGACAUCAAGCGCAAGGACUUCAAGGAGCAGGUACUGCACCACUUGGUCACCAUCCUCCUCAUCACCUUCUCCUACAGCGCCAACCUGCUGCGCAUCGGCUCCUUGGUGCUGCUGCUGCACGACUCGUCUGACUACCUGCUGGAGGCCUGCAAGAUGUUCAACUACACUCGCUUCCGGCUGGCCUGUGACGUGCUCUUCGUGGUCUUCUCCCUCGUCUUCUUCUACACCCGCCUGGUGCUCUUCCCCACCCAGAUCCUCUACACCACCUACUACGAGUCCAUCGUCAACAGGGGCCCCUUCUUCGGCUACUAUUUCUUCAACCUGCUGCUGGCUCUGCUGCAGCUGCUGCACGUCUUCUGGUCCUGCCUCAUCCUGCGCAUGCUCUACAGCUUCACCAAGAAGGGCUGGAUGGAGAAGGACAUUCGCAGCGACGUGGAGGAGUCCGACUCCAGCGAGGGCGAGCCGGCCGCGGGGCACCCACAGCUGAGCAACGGCGCUGCGCGAAGGCCCGGGCCAGCCCCCGAGGACACCGAGGGUCCCCGGAGCCGGGCAGCUGGACGCCUGGCCAACGGGCACGCAGCAGCCACAUAACCCAGCAGGACACUGGCCGGGCCUCCUGCAGCCUGGUCUUUGGGGGGACUAAGGCUGGUGGGCCUCCUCGGGUCAGCUCCCAGGAGACAGGGAAGGCCCCGUCCCAGGGGGCAGCAGGGCUGGUGAUCUGUCUCCGGCCCCGUCCUUGGUUCCUCACACCUUCCCUCCAUCUUUCCACACAGCUGGCCAGAGCCACCUGCGGUCUGGGGCCGGGUGGUGGGUGCGCCCUGGCUCAACGGGGUCCAAUAAAACCUGAACCUGAACUGAA